GUAACAACUAGAAUAUUCAUGCCCUUGUUUGAGUGUCCAUCAAGGCGUUGUGUCAUGAACAAGAGCAAGGGUAAUGUCAUCCUUCAACUGAGAGCAUCAAAGUUUUUGAGAUUUCAAGAGGCAAAAAUCCAAGAGUUAGCUGAACAUGUUCCAAAGGGUCAUAUUCCUCGAACAAUGAUUGUUCAUCUUAGGGGAGAACUCACUAGAAAGGUAGCUCCGGGUGAUGUUGUUGAACUAUCAGGGAUUUUUCUUCCUAUACCUUAUGUUGGUUUUAGAGCAAUGCGUGCUGGCCUAGUUGCUGACACAUACUUAGAGGCCAUGUCUGUUUCUCAUUUUAAGAAAAAAUAUGAAGAAUAUGAACUUAGAGGAGAUGAGGAAGAGCAGAUCAAACGUUUAGCAGAAGAUGGUGAUAUCUAUGAUAAGCUGGCAAGGUCACUAGCUCCUGAAAUUUUUGGACAUGAAGAUAUUAAGAAAGCACUGCUGCUGCUUCUUGUUGGUGCACCCCACCGGCAAUUGAAAGAUGGAAUGAAGAUUAGAGGAGAUCUACAUAUAUGUUUGAUGGGGGAUCCUGGUGUUGCCAAAAAUUUUCGUAUACCUUAGACAGCGCUUUUGUAAAAAGCGCUGUCUAAGGGGGGGA